GUCUUCAAGAACAAGUUUUGGAUCAACACGCAGCAUGCCAUGAACAUCACCGAUUUUGAUUUGCAGCAAGAGAUGGCACGGCGAAAGAAGGAUUUGGAAGACUUGAUGAACUACAAGCUCCCCAAGAAGGGCGAGAAGCCGGCGCCAAAAAAGGAGAAACCCGAGGGCUUGGGCAUUGCGGCGGCGAUGGGAAAGUUGGGCGGCAAAGUGGAAUCCACCUUGGAAAAGGAACCAUCAGUCAAGGUGGCGGACAUCCAAAAGGAUGUGGACGAGGCGGAAGACGAGAUUGAAGAGAAGGAAGAAGCUGAAAAGGAAAAGUUCGAGAAAGAACAGAAAGAACUGAAGGAAUGGGAGAAGGAAUUCGAGG